GCCAUAUUGUAAAGUUCUUCAGCUGCAAACCGUACGCAUAUGAACGGUUCGGUGCUAAAAAUUUGUGUGCCAGUUUGUGAAAUAGUGAAAAAAAUUUCCAAAGUUAAUUCAUUUAAAUAAUGAAAAAAAUAUAUGAGGUGCAGAAAAAACAUUAUUCGCCAAACAUUAAUAAAUUUGCUUUUGUGUAAAAAUAGAGCUAAGAGUAGGCAGUAGAAAGAGCUUGGGAGUUCAGGAGACAGUUUCUACCACUUUUAUGGGAGAAAAAAAUUCAUCAACCAUAUUAUCGAAGCUAAAAACGCGUAGAAAUUUAAUCAAAAUUUAUAGAAGAAGGAAACCAGAUUAAAAAAGGGCCAGAAAUCCUUGCAUAUAUUUUCUUAGUUUUUCUUUGCCUUUUACUGCUAAUUGUAAAAGUGAAUAAGCAAAAAGUGACAAAAAAGACGAUUUCAUUUUAACUAAAGAAAUUAUUUCCAAGGAAAAUUAAUAUAUAACGUAUUUGAAACGUCCUAUCGUAUCUUUGUGCAUACAUUUAUGUAUGAAAGAAAACUGUGAAGAGAUGGCUUGCAAAAAACAAGUUGAAUACGCGGCACAGGAAAACAUUAUCGAUCCUACAAAAGAAAAUUAUAAUUACGAAAGGCACUUAGGUGCAGCGAGAAAGUGUUUAAACUUUAACUAAUAUAAAGUUUAGUCUACAUAUACGUCGUAAUUAAUUAUUAGAUUUAGAAUUUAGAAAGCUGCGUGCAUUGUCCAACAGAGCUUUCGAAAUUGUCUUCUGUGAGUUGGAGGCAGCUCACAGCGCAAUGAAAAGGCAACACAAAAAUCGUAUGCCAAUAGAAAUAAAGCCGCAGCAAAUAUAUAACUAUAAAUAUCGUUUAAAUAACGAAACAUAUUCAUUUCCAUUGGAGUUGAGAGUUCCAAAAAAAACGAAUGCAUCUUCAAACAUAUGAAAACUCAGCGUAUAAUUGGAAAACUACUUAUUAAAAUUAAUAAUUCAAAAAAGCAUCGGAAGCUUUCGAUUAAAAUAAUCUUCAAAACUUAUAACUCAAAAGUGUUUUUGAAAAUCAUUGAAAUACUACAUUAAGUGCGUAUAGACUAUAAUAAAAAUUAAUUGCAGCAAUUGCAACCAAAAUGAUGAAACGUACGCGUGUGGAUGAAGUCCAAUACGGCACGCGACCUGGCCCUGGUGGAGUGGGUGGUAGUGGUGGUGGAGGCACUAGUGGUACCAUAGUGGGGACCUCUAAUCCGGGUAACACAGUUAAUAUCGGCACUGUUGUUCCUGGCAGCCACUCUAAUACCAGUAUAAGUGUCGGUUUGUCAGGAAAUAAUGCAACUGGUUCAAUCCCGCAUCAUCGCAUUUUAAUACCGCAACAUGGUGGAGCGCAGACAAUUGCUUAUUUGCCAUCAACAACACCAACAGCGACGAAUAUGAAGGGUUCUGGUGGAAUGGUAGAUAGUAGUACUAGUAGCGCCAGUUCGUCAAGUCACGAUAAUAGUGGAGGAGCCAGCGGCAGUACAGUACAGUUACCUGGCGGAACAGUGGUUACUUCAGGAGGCGGUGUCUCGGGUACUGUCAAUGCUGGAACUGUUCAUACACAAGCUGUGCAGUAUUCUUCAACUUCCUACAAUGUUUCAUCAGUAUCUUCCAGUGUUGGUGGUAGUAUCAAAACAACUACAGAAGGACCCGUACAAAUUCAUGUAACUGGUGGUACAGGUGGUAAUGUGCAGAACUCUGGAUCGCAACCAAAUUCACUGCGGACACGUACAAUCAGUUCUUCUCAGAAUAUUGCUGUCAGUGCUGGAUCUACACUAAAUGCACCACAACCUCUCGCAGUAGUAGCACCGUUACCAACAACAACGGGCCAACAGCAAGGUCCUCCACAACCUGGUCAGCCACAGGGUGGUCCUCCUCGCCUUAAAGUGGAGGAUGCACUUAGUUACUUGGAUCAAGUAAAGUUCCAAUAUGCUGAUCAGCCACAAAUUUAUAACAAUUUUCUGGAUAUAAUGAAAGAAUUCAAAUCACACUGCAUUGAUACGCCCGGUGUGAUUCAACGAGUUUCAACACUUUUUAAAGGGCACACAGAACUGAUUUACGGCUUUAAUAUGUUCCUGCCAGCCGGUUAUAAAAUCGAAAUACAUUCAGAUGAAUUGGGAGUUUCUGUACCCGUUGUAUCAAUGCCAUCAGCGUCGCCAAACAGCUUGCACAGUAGUAUAGCAAAUAUACCUGGAAGUGUUGGCAAUAUUCAAACACCAUUACUACAUAAAUCAAAUCAGAGUAGUUCAAGUAAUACUUCCAGUACUAUAGAACUCCAACAAAUACAUGGCACCAGCAGCAGUAAUGCAAGUGUGGCUGUUAAUCUUAUGACACAUGGUGGCGCGUCGUUGUCUCAAACAACAAUACAUGCACUUCAGUCACCGGCUUCACAACCUUCGCCGAGUGGUCCUGGAAUGGCUCAACAACAUGCUCACGUAUCUGUAUCGCCGGCUCCAUCGUCCGUUGCCCAAAUUCAGAGUGUUACAGUUGCACCAGUGUCGGCAGCACAUUUACCACAAAAUUUUUCACGAGAUCGCGAGCGUUCCAGCAUAGCGCAAGCCGUAGUCACCAGUAGUAUGGGCGGCGGUCCACCCACACUAAAUGCGCUUGGCGAAUUGAACCCACAAAUAAACAACGCGGUCGGUAGUGGUAAUGUCGGUAAUAGCAGUGGAAAUGCCCAUCAUAAUCUACACCACAUUCAACAGGCGCAUCAGUCCUUACUCAUGGGUGAAACUGUCGGACAACAAAAUCAGCCGGUCGAGUUCAAUCAUGCGAUAUCAUAUGUUAAUAAAAUUAAAAAUCGUUUCCAGAAUAAACCAGAAAAAUACAAAAAAUUCCUUGAAAUUCUUCACACGUAUCAAAAGGAGCAGAAAGUGAUUAAAGAAGGCAGUCCCAAUCAAGGGAAAACAUUGACCGAACAAGAGGUUUACACACAAGUCGCAAAGCUAUUCGGUCAGGAUGAAGACCUCCUGAGAGAAUUUGGUCAAUUUCUUCCGGACGCUACGAAUCAUCAAAGCGCGCAAUAUAUGACCAAGUCGCAUAACGACCACAAACGUCCCAAUUCGAACGCAGUAAUCAGCAACAGUGUAGCUAUAAGUGCUGGCGGCGGCGGUGGUCAUCAUAUUUCCAUACCAUCGGCAUCAAGUUCCCCGCUACACCUUAAUAGUGGCGCAACGUUGUCACAGAUUGGUGGUAGUACGCAUGCUGCGGUUUUGGGCAACUUAUCUGCUGUAAAUACGAGUGUGAGCAUCAAAUCAUACAAUAAUAGCCAACAGCAGUCUCAAAAUCAUGUCAUCAGUACGAACGCAGUAGGUGGCCGUGGUGGCGAUGUAGUCUACGAGAAAGAUUAUCCACAUCAUGUAACGCUACAUUCUGGUGGCGGUGUACAUUUAAAGGUGAUACAUGAUGGUGUCCACCACGAUUUAAAUGUCAGCACAAAUAUGCGUGGCUAUGAAAAAGAUACUCAUCGCAGCAAUCACCACGCCAAUAGUGGUUUGAAAUAUACACACACACAAGCCUCUAAUGUUGGCGGCGUUUCCGGCCACUCUACGAAGAAGUCGCCAAGCUAUAGUUCCGGAUUUGGCUCGAUGGGCGGCAGUGGCAAUGCGACAAUGGGUAAUAGUCGAGAAACGGAUCGUACAUCGAUUGGUAUGAAUUAUUCGCAUCAAGUGCUCGGUCACUUAUCAGCAACGCGUCGUCCAGCAAUUGAUGAUGGCGGUAGUGGCAGUGGUGGUGGCGGUAUGGGUGGUGGACCACCACCGCCGAAAAAGCACAAGCCUAUUUGUAAGGACAUUACGUUUUCAGAAGCUUCACGAAAGUGUACCCUCUCCGAUGCGGCAUUCUUCGAUAAAGUUCGCAAAGCAUUACGAAAUCCCGAUGUAUACGACAACUUCCUGCGUUGUCUAACACUAUUCAAUCAGGAGAUUGUGUCAAAGACUGAAUUGUUGAAUUUGGUAACGCCAUUCCUCAGUAAAUUCCCAGACCUACUUAGCGGAUUUACUAAAUUUUUGGGACAACCAGUAUCGCAAAUGUCUGCGGGCGGUACCGGCGGUGGCAUCGGAAUUUUCGGUUUGGAAGAAAUACCACUGCAAUCCGCGCAUCGGCAAAAUGCCGGCCUAAGUAAUGUAGGUGCAAUAAACGAUCGCCAAGGCAAUCAUCAAGGCGGUGAAUUGGCACAGGAUAUUGAUUUAACCUCGUGCAAGCGACUCGGUGCCUCUUAUUGCGCCUUGCCACAGUCCAUCGUGCCGAAAAAGUGUUCUGGCCGUACCGCGUUAUGUCGUGAAGUGCUAAACGACAAAUGGGUGUCAUUUCCAACGUGGGCCAGUGAGGAUUCAACAUUUGUGACUUCACGCAAAACACAGUUCGAGGAAACAAUUUACAGGAAUAUUCAUAGGACGGAAGAUGAACGCUUUGAAUUGGAUGUGGUAAUUGAGACUAACAGCGCAACGAUUCGUGUACUUGAGGGUGUGCAGAAGAAAAUGUCCCGCAUGUCACCAGAGGAUUUGAGCCGAUUCUACUUGGACGACUACUUGGGCGGCACCUCACAGACGAUACACCAAAGGGCCAUACACCGUAUAUAUGGCGAUAAGGCAGGCGAAAUAAUACAAGGUCUGAAAAAGAAUCCCUCUGUUGCAGUGCCAAUAGUGCUUAAACGUUUGAAAGUAAAAGAGGAGGAGUGGCGCGAUGCACAAAAAGGCUUCAAUAAGCUGUGGCGUGAGCAAAACGAGAAGUAUUAUUUAAAAUCACUCGACCAUCAGGCAAUCAAUUUCAAACCGAAUGACAUGAAGGCGUUGCGUUCCAAGAAUCUAUUUAAUGAGAUUGAAACCUUAUACGAUGAGCGCCACGAUCAAGAUGAUGAAAAUGGUGAACCCAUUACUGGACCACAUCUCGUGCUGCCAUAUAAAGAUAAGACAAUACUUGAUGAUGCGGCGAAUUUAUUAAUUCACCAUGUAAAGCGUCAGACUGGUAUACAAAAGCAGGAAAAGACUAAAAUCAAACAUAUAUUGCGGCAAUUCGUGCCCGAUCUGUUUUUCUCGGCCCGACAACCGUUGAGCGACGAUGAACGCGAGGAUGUAUUCCCAUUUUUAAUAGAUGAUAACGAAAAGAUGGAUGUCGAUUCCCCGACAACAGGUAAUAGGAGCGAACGUGAGUUACAUGCCAGCAGCGGUGGCAACGGCAAAGUUAGUAGAACGUCAAGUGGAAGUGGCAGCACAUCGAACGCCGAUACAAAUUGUGGAGCAAUAAGCGGUGCCAAGACCGAUGGCAAUGGCUCACAUGAUAAAAAUUCGUUAAAUUCAGCGACAGAAGGUGGCAAUUUGUUGGAAAAUCACAAAAAUGGCGAAUCAAAUGCAUCAGCGGUAAAUAGUAACAACGCUGGUCAAAGUGUCGCUGGAGAUGCUGCUACGACCAACACAUUAAGUGUGAGUGACAAGGCCACCUCUAGUAAGGAUUCCAAUUCAUCGGCGCUUGCUAAAGGCCAAGCCAACAAUAUCACCGUUGUCGACGAUGCGAACAGAUCAUCAGCCGAAGGAAUGGCUAAAUCUGUAUCUUCUACAAUAUCCGCAUCAGUAACAGCUGCGUCAGAAAAUAAGACACUAACAAAUAGUAAUGUGAGUGGCGCUGCUGCGGGAGACAGCAUUACUUCUGUGCACAAGGAUGCAGCAGGCAUUGCGUUGUCAUCUAACGCAAUAACACAAAUUGGUUUAAAAGCUGUUGGAAUGAAAGAUGCAAAUGAGAAAAACAAUAGCAAAGCAGCAGACAGUACUGCUGGCACAAAUGCAACAACUGCCGCCUCAACACAUGCCAGCGAUUGUAAUUCUGUGGAUGCAAUAAAGGUUGAAAUUAAGGAGGAAACACCAGAUAUGGAUGUGGACAUACAAGUGCCACCUCAUGCUGUCAGCAAACAUUUGGACGAGGCGUACACACUUUUCUUUGCCAACAACAAUUGGUAUUUAUUUUUGCGACUACAUGCCAUUUUAUGUGAGCGCUUGUGUACAAUGUAUGAACGAGCACAAAUGUUGGCCAUUGAGGAGGAACGUCAUCGCACAAAUCGUCGUGAGAGCACUGCGACCGCUUUAAGACUGAAACCGAAACCUGAACCACAUGUGGAUGAGUAUUACUCAGUUUUUCUGGAAAUGCUCAAGAAUGUGCUUGAUGGUAAUAUGGAUUCGAAUUCAUUCGAGGAUUCUAUGCGUGAAAUGUUUGGCAUACAUGCGUACAUAUCCUUUACGCUCGACAAGGUGGUCUCGAAUGCUGUUCGACAGCUGCAAAACUGUGUUACAGAACGCGGUGCACUUGAGUGCGUUGAACUGUUCCAUCAUGAGCAACGUCGUGGUGGCGCCGGCAAUUAUUGUCGCGAUGCGCAGAAGAAUUACGCCAACGAAUUGGCGUACCAGCGCAAAGCUGAGGCUAGUUUACACGAGGAGAACUGCUUCAAAGUCUAUAUUUAUAAAAUUGACUGCCGUGUAACGAUCGAGCUGCUCGAUACUGAAGUUGAAGAGACUGAGAAGCCUUUGAAUAAAGUAAAAUCUUGGAGCAAGUACGUCGAUCGUUUAGCAAAUCCCGCCGCGAACAGCAAUAACAGCCAAAAUGUUGCAAAUAUUUCCGUCACAAGUGUUGGCAGUGCGUCAAGUAAUGUGAGUGGUGUAAACAACGCAAGUAAUGCUAAUUCGGUCGGCAUGCCGUCUAUAUCAAGUAAUCUAGCGGGUGCAAACGGUGGCGAAAUUAAGCUUGAGCGUAUGGAUGAUGAUGCACUGGAUGCGCAUGUAACAUGCAAAGCACGCUUCCUCAAACGCAACAAGCGCUUGGCCUGCCUGCGCGCCGAUCAGCAGACACGUUUGCAACAAUUAAAAGCGGCGGCCACAGCAACAACAAACAGCGGCAGCGCAACAAAUGCACUGAAUAAAACUGCUGCUGCAGCGGCUGACGCCAGUGGCACAAUAGACAGCACGGUGAAUAGCAACGCGGCGUCGGCGGGCAACGAACCACACUGGAGUUGGAGUAAGCGACCGCCAGAGCGCGUGGGCAGCAUUGUGGUGGGCAGCGGUGCGGAGAAGUACUUUGUCAACGAUCGCGACGAAAUCAAAUUCAACGCCGGUGGACGGCAAGUGAUUACCAUCAACAAGAAUCUCCAAUUGUUCAAAUGGGACUCGGUGCGGCGCGCGAAAUUGUCCCAUUCGUAUGUAACGCAACGCAAACACAAACUAUUUCAACGUUUCACACAAAAGUGGCUGGCGGAGCAUGUUAGCGAACAGGCGCAACAGCAAUGCACGGACUGGCUGCUCGGCAAGACGGUGCCAAGCAGUAGUGUCAACUGGGCGCUGAAAACCAAGGUGAUGCCACAAAACGAUGUGAAACGCACGCCAUAUCGCGUUUACAACCGUUAUAAAGUGACAUUCAGCGGCAGUGCGGUGAACAGUUGUGCCGAUGUUGCUAGUGGCAACAGUGGCGUCGUUGGCGGUAGCCGCGUGGGUGGCAGUAGUACUAGUAAUAGUGGUGUUGGUGGUGGUGGUAAUGUGCCGGUAGUGGACACGCAUGCCACAACAACAGCGACGAACACAACGCACUGCAAUAGCAACGUACAAUCGCAGUUGACCUCGAACGCUGCCACAUUAGCCAAUGCAGCAGGUCCAAGCAAUGCAGUGCAGGCGAGUGCAAACGUCGCGGCGGUGACGACAUCGUCGACGUUAACAGCCACAACAGAAGCAUACAAGCUGACGGCAACAGGUAAUAGCAAUAACAACAACAGCAAUAACAACAAUCGACAAUUGGAAAGCUGAAUCUGACUGAUAAAUGCCGUGAGCGGCAAACGUCGGCGUUUCAGCGAACGCGCACAGGUUUGAUUUACAGCAAGCAGUAACACAAACAAUAAAGAAAAAGAAAAGGAAUAUAAGAAAACCCCCAUUAUGUAACGAUAGCAGCUAAAUUUAAAGAAAGCGCCAACGUACGAGGAAAUAUCGAAAUUGUGUGUGUGUGUGUGUGUGUGUGUGUGUAUGUUGGCUCUUUAAUAAUGCAAGGCUGUUUGAUUUGAUGCCCAGUUCUGUGUAUAAUAUUUAAAUUUGUUCUUAAGUUCAUUUGUCGAUAAGUUUUGAAUAUUUGCAAUUUAACACAAUCCUUAGGCAAUAAGAAAUACAUAUUUUCCAUAUUGAAACUAUAAAAUUUCGUUUCUUGUGUUUACUAAUUUAUUUUGAACAACAGUAGCAAGUAAUAAAUAGGUUAGGGUCUUGUGUAGGCAUAACUAAUUUUUAAACUUACUCUGCUGCUCGGUAAAACUGAGCAUAAUAAAUACAUACAUUUAAACAUACAUACAUACUAAUUGAAUUGUUCUAAGUUGUGCUUCUUAAUUACAACUUGCGUUUGCAGGCGCUCACUACUCUGCAUUAGAUGCAGAUGUGAAGUAUGGAAAAGCAGCUCCUUAACACAUACUAGUUUGUUAUGCAACGCAACUAUAAAUCUAAUUUAAUUUAA